GGUUGCGGUGCCUUUUUGUAUGUUACCUAUGGCAAACACCAGCCCGCGAAAUUUAAUUUGACAUUCUCAAAUCGUCAACCAUUUCCACCCAGACUUCAUGCCACUUUGAGGCAUUUGGGUGCGCAUACAGUUGCGCAGUGUUUUGGCCAAACUUCGUCGAAAGUAGCACCAACCGACGGAAAUUUGCGACCUCGUCUGCAGAGCUUGCAUUUCGUUCCUCGUCCAUCCGUUAAUGCAGAGAGUCACUUCACUCUAGUUUAGAUAUCUCGAUCAUGUCCACGCCCUUCAGCUUCGGCACGCCCGGUGCCACGCCGGGCACUUCGGCCCCGGCAUCAGGUGGGUUGUUUGGGGCAGCAGCAGCAGCAGGAGCAAGCAGCACCCCAUCCUUCAGUUUCGGCAACAAAUCAUCAACUCCAGCCACCGGAGCCGGCGCUGCUCAGCCAAGUACCGGCGGCGGGCUCUUUGGCAACUCGAGCUCUACCACGACAGCACAGACACCGUCCAUUUUCGGCGCCAAACCUGCAAGCACAACAACGGCAACAGCAGCCACGUCCGGUGCGCCGUUGUUUGGCGGAGUCAGCAAUACCGGUAGCAGCGGCGGCCUCUUUGGAAAUGCCUCCAAGCCAGCUCAGACAGGAGGGCUUUUUGGUUCGGCAGCAACUCCGCCUGCUACAACAAAUCUCUCAUCUACCCCGAUGUUUGGCGGCGCCGCGGGUGCUGCCUCAACUACUCCCUCAACGGGAGGCCUCUUUGCUGGAACAAACUCUGGUGCUACUCUGGGUUCGACGACACCUUCAAAGCCACUGUUCCCCAUGCCCUCGACGACACCUGCCGGCCCCCCUCCCAGUGCAGCUGCGAAACCAGGCCUGUUUGGAGCUGCACCGGCAUCAUCAGGCGCCACGCAAGCUCCGUCGUUAACAUUUGGAGCUCCCAAAGCCAGUGCUGCACCGGCUGCUUCCAGCACACCCUCGUCGCAACCCGCAGCUUCGGCGGCACCUCUGUUUGGUGGCGCAAGUCAGCCAAGUAGCACGGGGCCCUCGUUGUUUGGCGGUGCUUCGGCAGCACCUGCUGCGUCCGGUGGCUUGUUUGGAAACAAGCCAGCCUCAACAGAAGCCCCGGUCUCGGGCGGCCUCUUCGGCGCGAAGAGUGCCACACCUUCCACCCAGCCCGCAGCGACUGGCGGUCUAUUUGGCGCCGCUUCUGCUCCAUCUACCACCCCAGCCAGCACCGCCGCAGCCACUGCAACUCCCGCGGCCGCUCCUUCUGGUCUGUUUGGCGCCGCCGCUAAACCGCUCACUACGACUGCUGCAUCGGCGGCUCCAGCUACCACAACGACAACUUCGUCGACGCCGUCACUGUUCGGUUCAGCUGCGGCGCCAGCGACCACAACGGCAGCUGCUUCCAAGCCAUCAUUAUUUGGUUCGGGGGCGACGGCGCCAGCCACCACAACAGCAGCCGCGGCUACUCCAUCAUUGUUUGGCUCAGCGGCAGCGCCAGCAGCUUCUACAGCUACUUCUGCGGACUCGACCGGUCUUGGCGGGCUCAAGCCUGCGACUGCAGCUGAUGCGACUAAGAGUACCACAGGCACUGCCGGCCAACCCGCUGCAUCUGCUCUGAAUACUUCAACCAUGGGACCCACCUCAUCACUGCCGAGACUGAAGAACAAGACUAUGGAUGAGAUUAUGACACGAUGGGCAACCGACCUCAACAAGUAUCAAAAGGAGUUCAAGGACCAGGCAUCCAAGGUGGCAGCUUGGGAUCGGCUCCUUGUUGAAAAUGGAGAGAAGAUUCAGAAACUGUACUUGGAGACAUAUGAGGCUGAGCGUGCCAGCAACGAGAUCGAACGGCAACUGCAGUCUGUCGAGAGCCAGCAAGAUGAGCUUGCAUCUUGGCUUGACCGUUACGAGCAGGAAGUCAACGAUAUGUUUUCCCGACAAGUUGGCAAGGAUGAGCAACUUGCAGGGCCCGACCAGGAGCGUGAGCGCACAUACAAGCUCGCAGAACGCCUUACUGACCGCCUAGACGAGAUGGGCAAGGAUCUGGGCAAGAUGAUCAAGGAGAUCAACGAAAUCUCUGGCACAAUCAGCAAGGGCAGCAAACCUGAUGAUCCCUUGGCGCAAAUUGUUCGCGUGCUCAACGGACACCUCAGCCAACUACAAUGGAUCGACACGAACGCAUCGGCUCUUCAAGCCAAGGUUGCGGCGGCUCAAAAGUCUGGAAACAGCACUGGUGGACAUGGUGGCGACGAUGGUGAUGCGACUGACAGCUUCUAUCGCUCGUACAUGGGCCGUCGUUAGGAUCUUGGGAAACGGCUUCAUGGCUUGUUUUUUGUUCUUGUUUUUAUCCCCUCAUAUGUUGACUAGCAUCACUUGGUAGUUAAGCAGAUAUCAGAGGAUUUGGAGCGUGCAUAUUCGUGGACUCUACUCGUCUCGAUUGUCAAAUGCAUGACCUCUUAAAUUCCACAGGACGUUCGUAGGGUACAAGAGAAAGGCAAGCAAAAGGCAAAGCUGAUUGUUACACGCGAAUUAUGUACAAAACUAGUUAGGGAAAUGGGCUAUAUGAUGGAGGAGAGCUGUUGAUGUCAAGAUGUCAGAAUUGCAAUCUUCG